AACAAGCAGUGUUUGUGUUAUUUGUGUGACGUUGUGACACUAUCAAAGAGUUUAUUAAUAAAUAUUUAAGUAGUUAAAAAAUACGUCACAAUUGUGUAUCAUAAUGUUGUCAAUAACUUGACAAAAAUGUAAUUGAUAUAAAAUUGAAAAUUAAAUAAAUAAUGGGCGAUGACCAUAGUCUGAGCGAUGAUAGCGAUAGUUCAGAAACUUUUGCUAUCCCACAAUUACAAGGUAUUUUAAGUAAAUGGACAAAUUAUAUCCAUGGAUGGCAAGAUAGAUUUAUUGUAUUAAAAGAUGGUACACUAUCAUACUACAAAAGUGAAGAAGACAGUGGUUUUGGAUGUAGGGGAGCCUUAUCAUUAUACAAAGCAACAAUUAAGCCUCAUGAAUUCGAUGAUUGUCGAUUUGAUGUUUCAGUUAAUGAUUGUGUUUGGUAUUUACGUGCAACAACUCCACAAGAUAAACAACAUUGGGUUGAUGUUUUAGAAUCAUUUAAAGUGAAAUCUGGUUAUGGUACAGGAUCAGAAAAUAGUCUAAAACGACAUGGAUCAGCAAUUAGUUUACAAUCAAAUUCAUUGAGUACUACGUCCAGUGGAGGUAGUCGUAGUUUACGUGAGAAAUUAGCUGAAUUAGAAACAUUUAAAGGUAUACUUACCAGGCAAAUAAAUACACUCCAACAAUACUUUGACGCUUGUGUUGAAAAUAAUAUACAACCAUCACCAAAUUUACCACCUGUGGAUUUUAAAGGUGAAGCAAUUACAUUCGAAGCAACAACAUCAGGUGUAUUGGAAACAUUAGAUCAUUGUUUGGAUUUGGUUAUUCAAAGGGAAGAUGUUUGGAGAAAAAAAUUAGAACGAGAAAUUGAACGACGUAAACGAAUCGAGGCAGUUUAUAAAACAAUACAAUCAAAAUUUGAUCAUGUAAGAACCUCACAUCCUGGACCAGACCUAGAAGAGGGUCCACACAGUUUACUACCAGAAGAUGAAUUUUAUGAUGCAGUUGAAAGUGGUUUGGAUAAAAUGGAUGAGGAACGAGAGUUACGUGAAAGAUUAAAAUCCACUUCUAAAACCGCCGCACCAACAUUACAGUUCGAUAAAGAAAAAAAUCAUCAAUUAUGGCCAGAAAUAGAACGAAUAUCUCAACAACAAUUACAUUUAGCCAGACAAGAUAUAUCAGAAGGUAAUGGUAACGGUUGGCAAUUAUUUGCUGAAGAUGGUGAUAUGCGAAUGUAUCGUCGUGAAGUGGAAACUGAUGGAAUGGUUAUGGAUCCAUUAAAAGCGUGCCAUAUUGUAAGUGGUGUUACAGGACGUGAAUUAUGUCAUUAUUUCUUUAGACCAGAAUAUCGUAUGGAUUGGGAAACAACAUUAGAACAGAUGCAAGUAUUGGAAACAAUAUCUGAAGAUACUUUAGUAUUUUUACAAAUUCAUAAAAGGAUAUGGCCAGCUAGUCAACGGGAUGCUUUAUUCUGGUCACAUAUGCGUCAUGUACCAAAUGAUCAAGAUCCAGAUGGUAAUGAUAUCUGGUUAGUUUGUAAUAAUUCAACUGAAUAUUAUUCAGAUAAUACACAAAGUAAUUCUGGUAAAUAUGUUCGCAUAUUUCUAACAGUAUGUUUAGUGUGUCAAACAGAAAUUACUCCACCCAAAGAUGGUGCUACAGUUUCACGUGACGACAUUAAAUGUAAAAUUACUUAUUGUUCAGUUGUGAAUCCUGGCGGAUGGGCACCUGCUUCUGUGUUACGUGCUGUAUAUAAAAGAGAAUAUCCAAGAUUUUUAAAACGUUUUACAUCAUACGUGAUCAAUAAAUGUAAAGAUCAACCGAUUAUGUUUUAAUUUUGUUUUUAUAGCUUGUUAUUUCGAAUGGAUGGUGGACAUGGGGCUCUUUUAUUAUUAUAAAUAUAUAUUUGAAUAAAAAAAUAAAAAUAA